CUGUCAUAAGAAGAAUCGUUCUCUUUAAGGGCAGCACAGCAAAAGACAACACAAGUUAUCAUUCCAAAAUUUAUGGCUGGGCCCCCAUAUUCAUCGAUUGGCUGCGUAAGCUGCCGAAGACGCAAAGUGAAAUGUGAUCUCCAAAAGCCGGAAUGUGCCAACUGCAUCAAGAAGGGUAUUUUGUGCUUGGGAUAUGACCCAAACAAGAAUUUUCUUUAUCAUAAGUUGCGCCCCGAAAUAACACGCCAUGGUACAGCGAAACGCCCCGUUUGUCAGCUCAUUUGGCAACUGAGACCAUUAUCUCUGCCAUCAAAUUUCAACAUGUGUGCUGAGGUCCGUAAUCAGCUCUUUGGUGCAUUUAUGAGCAGGUUCUUUGCUCCAAACAAGAACGUAAAUGGCAGAGACGACAGCCUCUACCUUCUCAUGGCCCAUUUCCCUACCGUUGCUGGUGAAUCUGAAGUAUUCGAUAGAUCCGCCAUGGCAUUGGUGUGUUCAUUCCUGGCAAACGACUCUAACGAUAGGUACCUGGAACACCAAGGGCUGGAGAUCUAUAAUAGUGCGCUCAAUGCGAUGGUUUGUGGCCUACAACACAAAUCCGGAGUAAGGAUUGAUAUGCUGUAUGCGAGCAUUCUACUCCACACACGUGAGACUCUUUAUAGUAGCGACCACGCGCUUCAAUGUUUAUUCACCCACGUAAAAGGCGGAUCGGCACUUUUGAAGCAACACAGUCAUACUGACCUUGAUAACAUUGCAUCUUCCAUACUCAAAAGGCAAAAAUGGACGAUAGUAAGUACAAAAAAGAUUCAGAUUAGAAGCAUUCCUAACUUCUUCCCGGCAUAUUGCAUUCUCAAUACAAACUACGGAUCAGAAGAAGACUGGGAGUGUCUAAGUAAAGGCAGGACUGCAAGUCCUCUUGAUGAAAUUUUCGGACUGAUUGCGGACUGCGCUUCUCUCCAAAGAGAUCUGGCGGUCUCUUUCUGUCUCCUUAGUCCCACGAGAGAGCUCGCUUUCCAAGGACUACUACAACGUUGUUCCGAGCUUGAGAAGCUCCAAAAAGACUGGUGCUCUCGCAAUAAUAAGGACUUCUUCCCUAGCACCAAUCAUGAAAGUCCGGAAGACGAUCCUGAAUCUUUGAGGAACUUAACAUUAAGCCCACAUGAAUUCGGCAGCCUUGAUAUCGCCAAGACAUACUGUCUAUUUUGGAUAUCGUCAAUUGUGGUGAAACGAGUCAUUUACCAAAUUCAGAAGCAGUUGCCGGGGACUCCGGACCCUAUAUCCAUUUUAUCCUCUGCGCGAGAAAUUUGCAGGACCGUGGCUUUCUGCAUGAAGCCCAGUACACAAAUGUCAGUGGGACACCUAGCGUUAUUCGGAAUAUCGCAGGUAUCUAAAGGAUGCAUCGACUGUGGACACGUGGAAAUGUUCAACUGGUGCCAAUAUAUUUACUCAAUUAUUCAAUCUCGUGGAAUUGGCCUUGCAGGACGUGUGAGUAGGGAAGACUGGGCAUUUUGGCAAUUGGCUGAGAAUCAAACAGCCUUUCAAUCACACAUAAAUGUUAAUAGAGCCUCACUCUAGAUACCUCACUCGCUCACGUUAUUCACUCUCUGAAUCCUUCAUUCCAGUAUGAUGCGUC